AUGAAUAAUGCUUCCACCUCGAAAGACGUGGUCGCUUUCGAAGCUUUACAUAAUCAUGAUGAAAACGGGUAUCGAAAUAAUAAUGGCAUAGUCGAUGUGAAUUUACUUAAAAAGCAGAAUGCCCUCGAGGCUGUACGUAUAGGUUUAAAAGAAUUGAAAGUUCGAAAAUAUCCCGAAAACAAACUGAAAAUCAAACUUUCUUAUCGUGGCGAGAAGAGAUGUGUUAUGGUCCAUCGUCCUGCUCGAUUUCAAUCAUUAGAAGAACAUGUCAAGAAAACAUUUCAAAUGAACUUAGCAAUUUAUUACAAGCCCGAUGUGGAUAGUGUGUUAGUAUGUCUUAGAACUCAGGAAGAUUUAGAUAAUGCUAUUAAGGAUAUUGAUUGCAAAAAGCUGACGUCAUUGCAUCUAGUUUUAUCACAACAGAGUAGUACGGAAUCUAAUAGGAAUCUAUCAAAACCGAAUACGUCGCCAACUUUCAUUACUAAUAUCGUUGAAGUUCCUUUUUCGGAAACGUGUUCCUUAUGUAGUGCAGUUAAACAAUCCUCAGGUUAUAGUGCAACGAAUGGCUCAUUAGGUGGACCUAGUGGUUCUCAAAUAAAUUCUGAUGAUGAUGUACUCUUAAAAGCUCCGUUUAGAUGGAAGAAAGGAAGAGAAAUAGGAAAAGGCGCUUAUGGAAGCGUGUAUAUAGCUCAUGAUGUAGAUACUGGUAGAGAUUUAGCAGUAAAAGUGAUCCCAUCAAUUCCUUUGAAUCGUGAGGUAGCUGAUCCGGCAAAAAGUUUGGAAUGUGAUGUCAAACAAUUAGCGGAACUCGGACAUUCUCGAAUUGUAAAAUAUCUGGGUGUUGAGCAUAAGGUACACGAGAUAUUUAUUUUUAUGGAGUAUAUGCCUGGUGGUUCUGUAAAAGACCUGAUAGCCAUAGAAGGAGAGCUCAAUGAGAAUGUCGCCUUGCGUUAUACUCGACAAAUUUUGCAAGGAUUAGCCUAUUUGCACAGCAAGAAAAUAGUGCACAGGGACAUCAAACCUGCAAACAUACUGCGAGAUAUCAACGGGAACGUCAAAAUAGGAGACUUAGGGACUAGCAAAAAGGUUCAAGCAGCGUUAUUAAAUGGUAAAGCUAAUGAAGGUAUGGUAGGAACAGUAUUAUAUAUAGCACCAGAGGUAUUAAAAGGAGUUUCCACGUACGGAAGUGAAACUGACAUUUGGAGUAUGGGUAUAACUUUAAUCGAAAUGUUGACGGGCAAAGCACCUUGGGCCGGCUUGGAGUCAAUGGAAACUAUGAACAAGAUAGUUUAUGAAGAAACUCCUUUAGAUUUUUGUGAAAACAAAGACAUUUUGUCUUUGUUGAAACAAGUUUUAACCAAAUCACCUAUGGAUAGGCCGACAGCUGAUGAAAUUUUAUCGAAUCAUCCGCUUUUUAAGUGA